AUGUCGGCGCGAAAGAAGAGGGUUGGAAAGUCGGCGGGGAAAGGGAUUGCGCAUCCAGAAGAGGUUGUGGGGAAUCAGAGGUUACCAUCUUGUUUAUUUGCGACUGACAGAUAUACGAGCAAACGCUUCAAUUUGAAUGCUUCGCUGGAGUAUCUUCUACAGGUUAGGGAUGUUUUAAAAGGGACCGACGAAAUGGAGAGGCUGCUUGGGUCUUGCUUCGGAGUUCUAUUUAGGUUGCCAGUGAGGAGGUUUGCUUUCUCUGCGAAGUUAGUACACGGUUUGCUAACGAGGCAGCUUGUAACAAAGAAAAGGUUAGAGUUGUGGCCUGUCUUUGGAGGUGACCCUUUGAGAUUUUCAUUGGCCGAAUUUGGGCAUGUGACGGGUCUUCCUUGUGGAGAGUUUGAAGAGGGGUACGUGGUUGAUGAGAAGGCACGGCCAGCGAAAGGAGAUUAUGUUUUCUGGGACAGGCUUUUUGGUGGAGGGAGACGUGAUAUAACCAUCGAAGAAGUGGUUGCAAUGGUUGCAGGUGAUAAGGAGAUGCCACCUGUUCGGAGGCUGAAGUUGUGUUUGAUAAUCAUAGUUGAUGGAGUUUUGCUGGCUACAAAUCAGACACCGAAGCCGUCUGUGAAGCAUGUGAAGCGACUUGAGAAGCUCGAUAAAUUCCUUUCAUUUCAGUGGGGGCGGGAGUCUUUUCGGUGGACUAUAAGCAGCAUGAUUCCUCCGGUUAAGGUGAUCGGUAAAUGCGACGACCCGAAUGGUGUAUUUUGUAGGAAGCUUCGCCAGGAGACCAAAGUCCUGGCCGGUUUCUCGUGGGCACUGCAGCUGUGGGCAUUUGAAGCGAUACCUGGCUUACUUGCUCGCCUUGGGGGGAACGACGAGCAGACAUUGCUGACUUAUGAUGGGGAUAAGCUUCCUCAACACACGGGGCUGGGCUUGGUGGAUGUCCUAGAUGCUGAGCAUGACCCAAAGCUUACGGUGCAGCCGAUGUAUGAACCUGGGGAGGAUAAAGAGGACGGUUGGGGGGAGUUUGACAGUGAGAUAUUCGACAGGAAAGUGGCUUACAUGGUAGGCUUAGUGAAGGCUUGGCACAAAUUCAGCAAAGGCGAAUGGGUGGGUGGUGAUGCAGACGAGCCACUGAAAGUGGCUGGCAGAGGAUAUGAGGUUGCGGAAUUGCAGGCAAAAGUUGAAAAACUAAGCCAAGCGUUUGCAAGUUUGGAGAAGGUAGUUGGUAAGCAGGCCAGGAUUUUGAAGAAACUCUUGGCAAAGAGGAAAGGAAAGUUUUCUAACCGUAAAUUGAGUGGUGUCGGAUGGAAGAGGAGGGAGGCCGGCUGUGUGGGCACUGGUCGAAAACCAUUGUUUGAAGGAAGCCCGCCAGCGGGUUCUGAUAGUAGCAGCGAUGAGGAUAGGACCGACCGUAUGAAUGAGACCGCUCCCGGGUAG